AAGUGGUGUACUUCGUUCAGCGGGCAUCGGAGAUCGGAGAGAGAGAGAGCGAGAAGGAGCAUUGUCUUCUAUCUCCAUUAUCGCCCCGACUAUUUCAUAUUCCGCAUAUGCUUCGAACGUGUGCGCAACUCAAAGGCGUGCGUUUUUUUUUUAUUUUUUAGGGUGUUUAAGCCCUAACAUCUACUUUCAAACAUAUUGCGUCCACUCUGUCAACGGGACAGAGUCGAGCUGUGUGUUUUUGCUGUUCUUGGUGUGCUGCAGCUGACGAUCUUUCACUCUACGGAACCAUUCUCGCACUUCGCCGACAGGUUGCGCACCGUGACGAGCUCAGUACGGUUCGGUUCGUUCAGUUUGUUGCUGGGGCUUUCAUUCUUUUUUCCAUCUUGGGGCGAAUGUUUGGAGAGGAUAUUUGUUAAGAUAAAGGAAGAGGAUGUCUAACGGCCGCCGCUCACCGCUCUGAAGAUGUGUGUUUGGGAUUGAAGAGGAUCUAUCAUAUCUCUAGAGCCGAAUGAUUGAUUCCGGGUCCAGUCGGUAGGAUCAGUACGCCGUACAUCAAGAAUGCUCCACAAUCCAAGUGUAAAGAGUGUUCAUUUUCGGUGACCUGCAAGUAUCGCAAUCGCAUUAUCGGUAUUUUCCUAUAAACAAGAGCAACAAUCAACAGCAAGAUCAAGAGAUCUCCUGAGUGAUCCCGUCAGCGCAAAGCGUCGCCCUUUACGGAAUUCGCGUCACACGUGCUGAAGUUCCACUUGUCGCCAUGUCGCGAUAUUCAAGGGACGACCCACGUUCAAUUUUCUUCAGCGGCAGCUCGACGCCUCUUCGCAGUUACGCCGGGUCGGAUCUGUUCAAGCGUUCCUCAACCGCUCCGGAAACUCCGAGCCAAUCAGCCAGCCCUACGCCUUCUACGUCCUCGACCAGCCCUACCAGUGCCAACCCUUCCACUUCCGCUACCGAACCCACCAAACCCGAACCCGUCGUCCGUAUCAUCCCGAUCCUGUACCCUGCCCAACCGGCCCGGCUUAUUGGUGGCACGAGCAGUUACGGGAACGCUGCCCGACAGAACCCUACCGAUGGAUUGCCGGGCGCGGAUAACACACCAGUGAAAAGUCCUGAGGUGACGGGCCCUACACCGACACCAUCUUCGUUGCCACCGACGACCACCACCGGCAUUCUUAAGUCACCGCUCGGUACACCGUCCGCCGGUGGUUCCGGGACGCCAUCGCGCGUUUCCUUCUCGACCCGUCCGGCCACCACCAAACCGGCAAUGGCCGGCCCGAGCGGCACUAACCCGUCCAACGUUCCCGCCACCGGCACCAGCAACGGUGUCCACGGUCGAACACUUCCACUAGCGAAGGCAUCACGGUCGAUCGAUCCUCCACUGCCACCGCCAGUCGUUGGUGGUGGUGGUGAGCCGACACCCGGUCUGCAACAUCAUUCCGAACCCGGACCGGUGGGUUCCGGUGGGUCGGCCUGUCGCAUGCAGCUAGCACUGUACGGUUGGCGCAAGAAGUGUCUGUACGCGCUCAUCUUCAUCCUGAUGGUCAUGAUCAUCGUGAACCUAGCUUUGACGCUGUGGAUCAUGAAGGUGAUGGAGUUUUCCUCGAAUGGUAUGGGCCAGCUGAAGAUAGUGCCGGGCGGCAUCCAACUCACCGGACAGGCGCUAGUCCUCAACACACUGCGUGCAUCGUCAAUUCGUUCGAAACACGGACAACCGAUCUCCGUCGAAUCAUCACGCAACCUAAGUGUAAACACCCGGAACGCGUAUGGUGCGGUCGAGAAUCAGCUCUUCCUUGGACACGAUCGGCUAGAGGUACUGGCGAAUCACUUUCGCAUUACGGACACACACGGCACGAACCUGUUUGCGGUCGACCGGGACGAAGUGAUCGUUGGAGCUGGUUCGUUGCGAGUGGAAGGCGAAGGUGGUGUCGCGUUCCGUGACUCAAUCCAAACGCCACUCGUUCGGGCGGAUGCCGGUAAGGAUUUGAAGUUAGAGUCACCGACCCGAUCACUGGAGGCGAGAGCAACGCAAGAGAUAUUCAUCCAGUCGCGGGCGGGCGGUAUUGAGACGACCUGUCUGAACGAUUUGAAGCUACAUUCGGUCGCUGGCAGUAUCCGUCUCGAUUCGAGCGCCAUCUACAUGCCUAAUCUGAAAACGGUGCAAACGGUAGGAGGCGCUAGUGGUGGUGCUGGUAGCAGCAGCCUACUAUCGUCGGCGGCCCGUGCUGAUACGGCGGGCAAGAUCUAUCAGCUGUGCGCGUGCUCUAGCGGUAAGCUGUUCCUGGCGGCGCCCAACAGCGUCUGCACUGCCGACGAUAGUGCCAUCUGCAGGUAAUACUAGUUCGCACGCUUGGUCGAAGCCAAUUCCUUUACCGGGCUAUGGGAGGUUCGGUGUGUGGGAGGAGGAGAAGGAGGAGGAGCAUUAUGGAGGACAAAACACGCUGACAGUUAGACAGAUAGGCUAGGGUUGAAGUAAACGCGCAGGACCCCCCGACCCUUUCACCCAUCUUCCCGUCCCGUCUUCCCUUAGAGUUGCCUGAACACACGUACACACGAGUCAGUGACACGGUUACAUGGAGUGAUUCCUCCGGGCAGUAAGUCCGCCGGUGGACCACGUUUACAUCCUGCAUGAGCUUACACUGGCGCUCGACCGGAAGUGGCCUGACGUGGACGAUGAUGCAUCCGGUGAGGGUAGUGCGGGGUUCUUCGAUUCUACCGUUGCUUCAAGACAGUUUGAAGACAUCCUUGACCCUAGACCCUGACCUUGGCUCAGAAUCGCUUCCCAUAUUUCGCUCCUUCUGCGCUCCUUGCCUUCCUGCUGUUCUACAACGUGAAGUGACGUUAGCGAAACUUAGCGAGCAAAAGGAAAAAAGUGUUAUACUCUAGCAACCAAUUAUGCAUACAAUUAGAGGAACGACUAUAUAUAUAUAGAUAUAUAUACAAAUAACAAACAAACACACACACACACAUCUAGACACAAUUACCUUAGCAAUGACAGAUAAGCGUUACCUAGAGCUAGGAUGUCCCGCGAUGAUGCGUGGCAGACACAACGAUAUCAAUCAUACUGUAUUAGAGUGUUUCAAAUUUCGGUGCGAUAGAAAAGGAAAAAGAAAACAAGAAAAGAGAAGUACGAUAAUGCAGCAUAGAACAAACAAAAAAAAGGAAACUAAUUAAAGCUACCAGCGCGUUUUAGAUAAAAGGCAAGUUAAAAAAAAAU